AUGGCCUUCAAGAAUGGGCUGAGUGAACGCCUCGACGAGCUCCGAUUUCCCUCCCCUCGAUCCCCACCGUCGGAGUCUGCAUUCCCGGGAUAUACCUCGCUGUCACCGGGCCAUUCCAACUUUGUCUCGGGCUUCUCGCGACCUGUCAGCGAUGUGCGCGCCAACCUGCAGCGUCGGUUCACCACCGACUCGAGCAAGUUUUCCUCCUCUUGGAACUACUUGAACCAGGGCACCGCUCCCAUGGCGGACCCUCUCGACCUGCUAUCUUCGUUCGAGAAGAAGCGUCAGCAUAUCGAGUACAUGCGUGAACAGAAAAGACGCUUCGAAGAGGACAUGAAACUCCUCGACAUGCAGCACGAGAAAGAAAAGAUUGAGAUGGACCAGCUGGCCCGCGAUCUGGCCAAGGCUGGUCUCGGUGGUCCUGCGAGUGAACCCACCACUCCGCCGGAAUAUCGUGAGCCUCCCGUGUCCGCUGCGGUGUCUCGCCCUGGCCGAUUCUCCACGUCGAGCGUUACCUCGUCCCCGGGCUUCUUCAACGUUUUUGCUCCCUCUUCGCAGCUCACUUCUCCUCAAGCCCCAUCCCACCCGAACCAGCAGGCCGAUCGUUUCGUUGGCCAUUCGGUGCCUGGUUCGCGCCGCAACUCCGAGAAGGAGGAGUUCGUUAUGGAGUCCAACUUUCGCCCGGGUCCUUCUCUUCACCGGUACUCUCUGCCCUCUAGCAAUUUCAAUGGUCAGUACCGACCCAGCACCUCCGGUUUCAGCGGCUCUGGCGUCGAUUCGUUCGCUGCGACGAAGCAUCUGUUCCCCAACGACGAUCACAAGCCUCUCAUCCGUGACGAGGAUCGCCUUUCGACUCCUGAUAUCAAGGGCUACAUAAAAAUGACUGAGCCCGAUGACAAGUUCCCGACUCUGUCGCGCCGGGAUGGCUCGAACAUCCUCUCCGCUAAUCCCGAUGCCUUGGAUCUUGCUGGCUCGCGCACCCCCGGCCCGGAUACCUACUCGUUUCACAGUCGUCAUCGCUCUGCUCAUCAGAGCAUGCCCCAGAGCCUCGGAAAUUUCCGUUUGGACCAGCUGGGCAAUGGAAAACCGGUAAGCGAUGAGCACUCCAAUGGCUCCCACUCUCGUCGCACCGCUCGCCACUCCCUCGGCGAGGGCUUCACCUUCCCCAGCGAGCGCGGCAAUGAUGCUAUGACCCCAAUUGCUUCGAGUCGGCCCACUCCGUUGCAGUCAUACUCCACCAACGAUUUACCCACUGUCAAGGGGACUGGCAAUGGUUUCGAUGCUGCCAUCACGCCUCCAAAGACCCAGGCUGAGCAUCUCCACCAUCACAACACGAGCAUGGGCCGGAUCCCCAACAACUCUGUCGGCUCCCGCUCCGCCAAGGAAUCCCCUGAGGCUGAAACUGUCAAGACUAGCCAACCCACACACACUAUUCUUCAGGCCAAUGCUGCUCCUUUUGGCCCCCAGUUUACUCCGGCCUCAACCAACGCCGGCGUUCCUGGUGUUCCUGGCGUUGUGGCUCACAAUGCCCUGCAGUUCCCGAUGUACGGUGGAUACGGAGCCCAGCCUUUUGUCAACCCCGGCGUCUCGGCGAACAACCCGAUCCUUCCUAUGCCAGCUGGAAACCCGUACUCGGGCUACCCUAACUUUGCUGCCGCCAGUGGAUUCCCGCGUCUGAACGAAUCUCCCACCCGAGGUGGAGUCGGACAUCGCCGCCAAACCGAGAGUAGUGACUCGAGCCAGCUGACUCGAUUCUCAAACCACCCUCUGGAGUCUUACAAAGGCGAUCUGUACACUCUUUGCAAAGACCAGCAUGGCUGUCGAUUCCUUCAGCGCAAGCUGGAAGAGCGCAACCCGGACCACGUUCAACUCAUUUUUAGCGAAACCUACAUGCAUGUCAUUGAAUUGAUGACUGAUCCAUUCGGUAACUACCUGUGCCAGAAGCUUCUCGAGUUUUCCAACGACGAACAGCGAACUGCUCUGAUUAACAAUGCUGCCCCCAGCUUGUCAAGAUUGCUCUCAACCAGCAUGAAAAUGAUUGAGUUCAUUUCCACUGAGGAGCAGACUCAAACCGUCAUUCGUUCUCUUCAAGACCACGUUGUUGAGCUUGUGCAGGAUUUGAAUGGCAACCACGUCAUCCAAAAGUGUCUCAAUCGCCUCGCCGAGAAGGAUGCCGACUUUAUCUACGAAUCUGUUGGUGCCAAUUGUGUGAUCGUUGGUACUCAUCGCCACGGAUGCUGUGUUUUGCAGCGUUGCAUCGACCAUGCUUCUGGUGACCAAAAGGUCCGUCUGAUUGAGCAAAUCACGAAAAAUGCCUUUGCGCUGGUCCAAGACCCCUUCGGCAACUAUGUUGUUCAAUACAUCCUAGAUCUUGCUGAGCCCGCCUUUACUGGACCUCUGUGCAAAACCUUCCUGGGAAAUGUCCCGGGCUUGUCCAAGCAAAAGUUCAGCUCCAAUGUCAUUGAGAAGUGCCUGCGCACUGCGGAUCCCGAGAGCCGUCGCGCCCUGAUCGACGAAAUGCUCGGCGGCAACGAGCUGGAGAAGAUGCUGCGUGACUCAUUCGCCAACUAUGUGAUCCAGACUGCGAUGGACUUUGCUGAAGAUGAACUGCGGACUCGAAUCAUCGACGCUAUCCGACCUAUUCUCCCUUCAAUUCGCCAGACUCCUCAUGGUCGUCGCAUUGCUGGUAAGAUGCUGGCAUCGGAGUCUAACGGUCGUAACGGCGGCCAGGUGACUCCAAACGAAAUGAGCAACACAUCGCAGGCGCAGAUUCCAAAGCAAAUGAUGCAAAAGCCCUAUGGAUUCCAGCAAGGCCCUGUUUCGACCUACAACGGACACAAUGCAUUCAAUGGACCAAACGCCCUGCCCACUCCCGUGCAAAGCUCAUCCAACACCCCUCCGGGUGGCCCUGCCGACGGUUCGAUGUUCGGUUCUCCCGGCAAUGCUCCCGGCCUGGGCGUCCAGAACCAGCUCUUCACUUAUUACUGA